AUGGAGAAUAGCACAAGCGAUCCAACGUCCAUGAUGUGGCCUCUCUUCCAAGGACGUACAUGCAUGCCUACAAACAACCCCAAUGGCACUUGCACGCUAGGCGGAUAUGCCUCUUACUCCAUUAAUGUCGGAAACGUGGCGCAGAUUCAGCUCGGCGUCAACUUUGCACGCAAUGCCAACUUGCGCCUCGCCAUCAAGAACACGGGACAUGACUACAUUGGCAAGUCGAGCGGUGCGGGUGCACUGAACAUUUGGAUGCAUAACCUCAAAGAUAUACAAUUCGUGGAGAAAUUUAGUAGCGAUGAGUAUAUGGGCCCGGCAUUCAAGACCGGAGCUGGUGUCCAGGGCUUUGAGAUACUGGAGGCUGUCAAGGGACAACGAUGUUACCAUCCUUACUGGAAUCUGCGAGCCUCGAUCUAUGGCAUGGCAGCUGACCAAGUCCUCGCUUUCGAAGUCGUCACCGCAGAUGGCCGCUUCGUAACCGCAUCCAACAGCAUCAACCAAGACCUCUUUUGGGCCCUACGUGGCGGCGGCGGCUCAACAUUUGGCAUCGUCACCUCCGCCAUCGUCAAAGCCCAUCCUCGGAUCCACGUCACAAAAUCCGUCUUCUCUUUCCAAGCCGCCCCCGACAACUCAAGAAACUUCUGGAAAGCUCUACACGCCUAUUUCAAGCGCUUCCCGCAGUUCACAAGCGCAGGCACAUAUUCGUACUUCUUUAUCUGGAACUUUGGCACGUCGCUCGACUUCCGCAUGGCCCCUUUCUUUGCGCCCAACCACACCCUCUCAGAAUUCCACGCCCUAACGAAACCCUUCUUCGACGACCUCGCAGCCCUCAACAUCUCCGUGACGCCCAACACAACCUUCCACGAGGACUUCUACUCCGCGAAUAAAGACGCCUGGGGCGCGGACACUCUCGGCGUAACGUCCCUGCGGCAAGCCACGCGCCUAUUCCCUAAAAGCCUGUGGGUGACAGAUGAGAAAUUCGAAGAGUUUUUCAGCACGAUUAGGAACACGGUCAUGUCGGGCCACACGGUACUGGGGUACCAGCCAAGCAACCCAGGGAACCCCGUUCAAUGUCGACAACGCCGUGAAUCCUGCGUGCGGAAACGCACAAUCGUUCCCUCAUCACUGCGAACACAGUGCCAGAAAACGCGUCGCCCGCACAACCUCAAGAACGCGAGCGACACGCUGACGUACGAGAUCAUGGCGCCGUGGCGUAAAGUCGCGCCGGCGAGCGAGGGCGGCGGCGUGUAUUUGAACGAGGCGGAUAUCCAGGAACCACGUUGGCAGGAGGAUUUCUACGGGGUGGAGAAUUACCCCAGGUUGUUGGCGAUCAAAAGAAGGUGGGAUCCGCGGGAUGUGUUUUAUGCGACGACGGGGGUGGGGAGUGAGGCGUGGGAGGUGCGGGAUGGGGAGAUGGGGGUGCAGACGCAGAAUGGGCGGUUGUGUCGUGUGUAA